AUUGCGUGGGUGGAGCUCCGAACGUUCCAGCCGAAUUUGGAAACUAUGAAUUCAUCGCCAAUGGAAAUACUUACUCAACCCCCGGGGACAUGGCUUCUGUGCCUGUUCUCAUUGGCCAAAAUUUGACAUUUCAAUGCGCGGAUGACGGGUACUUCGAAGAACAGGACACGGCUGUGAAUAAGAGCUUUAGUGUAGCUUGUCAGACCGGAGGAAUUUACCCAAGCAUUGCUCCCUACCCAGUGUGUACGACUCAGAAGAAAUGCGUGGAUCCUUUCAACCACACGGUUCCAAAUUUGCGCGUGAUCUCUCUAACUUCUGUUUUCUCCAAUGAUACAUUCAUCUACCGCGAUACAAUCCAAUAUGAUUGUGAUGCCAGGGAGUUUGAGUUACAAAGAGCCAGAGACGGCUAUGUCUAUCCAGGAGGAACACAUGAAGCAAAUUGCUUAUUCAAUCGACUUUGGGACACGCAGGCCACGGAUUUGAAAUGUGAACGGAUUGCCUGCGACUAUCCUCCCUUGCCAGACCCAACACACGACCUGGAACUGAUCCCUCCCCAAGACAUUGUUCGCUUUGGUGAUUCGGUGACCUAUCAAUGUCGAAAGGGUGGGAGCUUAGUCAAUGCUUUUGCUAAUUGGACCUUUGAUUUGCCUUGUGUGGAAUCUUUAGGCAACUACAGUGACACCGCCCCAUUCCCAUAUUGCGUUAGAAGCACUACUUGCGAUGAUCCGGUGCCUGAUGAAGUAUCAGAAACAGAAGGUGCAUAUAUGAAACCAUCUGAACCCGCAUGGAGAGGCCAGUGCUUUUGGAAAGGAUACAAGAUAACGAGUAGCCUUAGUGUGCCAGAGACAUCGAUUGGGUCCCUCGACGACUGUUUUGAUGACUGCCGAAAAAACGAGAAUUGUCACUUCUUCUCCUUCCAAUUAGAUCAAUCCACAUGCAAACUUCGUUCGGACACCAACGAGCUCCUCCUAGAACGAGACCUAACUUCGGCUUUUGGAACACCACUUUGUGGGAAAUUUGUCAAUUCAACGUCAUUUCGAGUGUCGGUAAACCAAAAUAAUAAUAGUCUGUGGGACAGCUCAACCCUUGACAUGAUCAUCGACGGAUCUCUGGGGAGUAUUGCUCGAUUCAAGGAUAACCUGCUCCUCCCUUUGGAGAUCGACAUUGAUUUUGGAGAGGAUCUUUACGUCGAUGGAGUGACGAUGAUCUUUUCGGGCAACACCAAUAUUGAGCUCAAAUACAGAUCUUCAUCCGGGAUGCCCAACUUUCAAGAAACGGUCACAAAGGAGAAACGAGUCUCCAACAUUGCCAUCACUUGGAUUUUCAAGCAUCCACACCUAACGAGCCAGUUCCAAGUCGUGGGUGAUCAGAACACAAGUAUCGACAUUUUUGAAUUCAUUCCACACUUUUCCGAUAUGGCCUUGUUUCCUCCGGUGAAGGAUUGCUCCGAAGUGUAUCGUUUGGGGUUUCAUCAGAGUGGAUCGUUUCUAAUCGAUCCGAGUGGAAACAGAAGUCCAUCCAAGGCCGUACGAGUUUGGUGUGAACUGGGAUGGACAACCAUGCUCAUUCGGCACAAAGACGGAUUGCUUUCCAACGAGACGCAUUACUUCGACGGAUCCAAUGACAUGACAAAAUAUCAAGCCACCACCUUAGAUAGCAACGCCGGCCACUCAAUUAACGAGUAUUGGAUAGGAUUGGACAACCUUCACAACAUCGUGGCUGGAAGCGACCAUGAGAUGAUUGUAAACUUAUGGGAUGCACAUGGAAAAUGGGCCCAAGCCCACUACCAAACGUUUUCUAUCGGAAACAAAUCGUCAAAUUAUGCCCUCACUUUGAGGGGGUUUCAAAACUCGACGGGAAUGUCCGAGGCCGGCGAUUCCUUGGGUGAUCAGAGUGGGUUGGCCUUCUCUCUGAAUGGCAACUCUUCUUGCAAUGUCAAGCACUUGGCGAGUGGUUGGCUGGAAGAGAAAUCUGACAUGGGUGGAAUCUGUACCCGGGCCAACAUUUUCGGCAACAAUGAACAAAAACCAGACGAUUCGGAUCAUCAGAUUGCUUGGCGAUCUUUCAGGGGAUCGCAUCGAAAUCUGGGCUAUGUGAACGUACAAAUACGACCCAAGAAUUUUAUCGGCACUGAGGCUCUCGCUGAUGAAAGCACAUUACUAAGCCACAUUGAAAACGCUAAAAAAGGUCAAUUCUCGUCGAAAUUCAGGUAA